AUGAAUGUUGUAACGUAUAUUGGAUCAAUGGUUGGACCGAUGAAUGAAGGGGGUGAGGAAGUGGCAUGGGACACAGAGCCAAACUUUUCAGAAGGGGUUUCAGCUAUUAUUCCAUUCCAUCCCAAGAUGCUCUUUAAUUUGACUCUUGGAAGGCCAAAAAAUUUAAGUGCUGAUAACAACUGA